UUCGACCCUGUUGUUCGACCGAAAAUAAUUGUUUUGAGUAUAAAUUCGACCAGAAUUUAAAUUUCGUGCACUUUUAUGUAUUCCCAAUUAUUACCCAUGUAACAUUAAUACAACUAAGCAACUACCCUACAAUAUAUUAAUUUAAUAUCGAUUAAAUUAACCUCUGUUCAAGCAGUGAAGCUCGAAUCCGUUGAGCUGUGGUACAUGAAUUUAUUGUUUAACAGAAUACGAAGUGUUAUCAAGGCAUUUCGCUGCCCUUUUGACUAGCAACAAUGAAUGAAACUUAUGUAAAGUUUUACGAGAGCAUGCAGGGCAAGUGUUGCCCAAAUACCAGCACAAUAAAAUAUUGUGAUGACAACUUAGAGUUGAAUUGCAACUUCAAUGCACUAGAUAAAGACACAAGAAAUUUUCUUCUUGAACUGGACCCACAUAUUCCAGUUAUCAGGCUGAUUUGCCAAUGCUUAUCAUUGUAUCAUCUCACCAUGAUUUAUGUGGAAUUAGGUGAUGCUACUACAAACUGGAAGUCUAUCAUUACUGCAGAAAUGAAAAGACGUAUUAGCACAGUUAAUUGGGUGACUUCCUGGUAUAAUCCUAAAUUGGCGUUUGUGAAGAAGGCUCAUCCUAUAGAAUUCAGCAAACAUUUGUUUUCCUCACAAAUUAAUGCUGCUUUUACCUUUUUCUCAAAUAAAAUUGCAAAUAAAUAUGGUAAAAAUUUUCUAAAUUUUUUGAAACAAGAUGGCACAUUUCACCUGAAGAUUCCACAUGUAUUAUUGAGCAUGGAUAAUUUAAGAUUUAAUGGCUAUGAAGGGCCACAUACAUUGGUUAAAGCACAUAAACUGUUUAAGGAUCAGUCUAUGUACUUUACUCUUUGCUUUCCACCUAUACCAGGCAUAAAUAUAAGAUAUUUUACAUCAGCAAGUGAAAUUCCUCAAGUGAUCAAAGCAAAUGAGGAACUGGCAUGUCUGCUGUUGUUCUUAUCAUCUAACGAUCCUAUUGAGGUCGAAGCUGUAUUGGAUGAGAUAGCAAAACUACAGACAAUACAGAUUCCUAUGGCUGGAUCAUUUGGUUUGAGACAUAUGCAUAAGAUAAACUGGGAUGGACCUGCAUCUGCGACUUACGUUGCAUUCCUUCGCCAAAAGGACAGUGCCAGCAAGUUCUUUGCAGCUUCAACUGUUGUCGACUGUGAUUAUGACAUUUUUGAGUCGAAGAUAUUAGAAUUUAAAAACGGGUUAGAGCGACACCACGAGGAAUUUCUUCUGUCUUUUGUUUGUUGUGGAAGGAGGAGGAAGGCAGCGGAGGCGAAGACAUUAGGCAUGCAUUUUGAUUGCCCUAUAAUUCAAAUGGAUGUUAACGGAGAAGUGGGACAUGAUUGUUAUGCUACAGACAAUUGCGAGCCAGCGGGUAAAAUGAUGAAAAGAACAUUUCAUUAUGUUCACAGUUUUACAACUGUCUUGAUUUAUAUAAGUUGGGGAAAUCAAAGGGCCAAAGAAAGCAAAUGAGGUUUUGAUAGGAAGUUGUAUAAUUUAUUUUUUUAAUAAAAAUAUCUUUUUGUUAAACAA